CAUCAGUUAUCAGUAGUAAUGAACAAAAAUAUUUAUAUUUUAUAAAGUAUAUUUGGUAAGACGAAAAUCCUUUCAAAAUGUGCGAUUCGGACUCCAGUGAUAGCUGCAUAUCAUCCUUGCUAUCGUCGAGAAUCUCUCGAUCGUCGUCGUCUUCGCGUCUGAGUGAAUUCACAGAUGCCCGAACGGAGCUGCGGAAUAUCUACCGAGAUAUGGGACGGCAUCUGGACAUUAUGAUGGCCACCCUAAUGGAUUGUCCGCUUAUGGAAGAGGGGUCCAUGGAGCAGCUUCAGGGAUAUCAACAGAAAGUGGAGGCCAUCGAUAAAGUGCUGAUGCGAAAGCGCAUGAAGGUGGCCUUCUUUGGGCGCACCUCGAACGGAAAGAGCGCCGUGAUCAAUGCGAUGCUUCAUCAGCGGAUCCUGCCCAGCGCCAUGGGGCACACAACGAGCUGCUUCUGUCAGGUGCAGGCCACCGAUGGUGUGGCAGAGGAGGAGCAUGUGCGGAUCGAGGCGGAGGAGCAGCGCCUGGAGCUCACCUGCCUGCCGGACCUAGCCAGUGCCCAUUCGCCGCGCUCCCUGCCGCCACGCACGCUGCUGCACGUGAAUAUGCCACGCAGUCGCUGUCCUCUGCUGGAUCACGAUGUGGUGCUCAUGGACACGCCCGGGGUGGAUGUGACGGCCCAAAUGGACGACUGCAUCGAUCGGUACUGCCUCGAUGCGGAUGUCUUUGUGCUGGUCCUCAACGCCGAGUCCACAAUGUCCCGCGUGGAGCGGCAGUUCUUCAAGGAGGUGGCCCAGAAGCUCUCGCGCCCCAAUCUCUUCAUCUUGAACAACCGCUGGGACAUGGCCAGCAGCCAGGAGCCCGACAUGGAGCAUCUGGUGCGGGAGCAGCACGAGGAGCGCUGCCUUCAGCUGCUGGUCGAAGAACUGGGCGUCUACGCGAAGGAAGACAUGGCGGAGGCCAGGAGCCGCAUCUACCACGUGUCUGCCCUGGAGACGCUGCAGCUCCGCAUGGGAACCAAGGGGGAUCCGACGGCCGCAUCGCAGCAGCGCCUCGAGGAGUUCCUGCGCUUCGAAUCGGACUUUGCCGCAUGUCUGGCCCAGGCCGCACUCAAGACAAAGUUCGAGAAGCAUCUGCUGAGUGCCCAGGAGAUGCUGGCGAAUCUUUCGGAGCAGCUCCUAGUGCCCCUGCAGAACACCCUACGGGAGAAGGCCAGGAGGGAUGACCUGCGGAGUGCUAUGCUCUCCAGCGAACUCGAUUCGUUGACCAUCGAGCACGAAGAGCGGAAGGUGGAGUUCUUUGCCAGCGUCCAGGAGCUGUACAACGAGACCUAUGCCCUGGGCCACCAGGUGAUUGUCGAGCAGAUCGCGCAGCUGCCCGCAGAAGUGCACUCCUUUGCCCUGCAGCCGUUCCACCCGCAUCUGCCGCGACAGCUCGACCACUACCAGCGCUCCCUGAGCGCCCAUCUGGAGGAGGUACUCACGGAGCAGAUGAUCGAGCGAAUGGCCAGACCGCUGCAAUCGAAAGUGUCACUCCUCGAGCGGCAAGUCAUGUCCGAGAACACUCCCUGGGAGCCCAUCUUCCGCGUCGAUUGUCAGGCUUUUAUGGAAAGCUUCCAGCCGGAUCUGAGCUUCCACUUUAGGUGGGGCCUGUGCCGCAUGUGGAGUCGCAUCAGGGGAAUAGUGGCCAUGCCCCUACCGGAGCAGACUCUCCGACGGCCUCAGCAGAAUGGCAGGACAAAAACCAGCUUUGCCGUGCCAAUCAUCAAUCGAAGCCAGUGGCAGACGCUAAGAUCUCUGUUGUGCUCCGAAGGGACUGCUGGAGCCGUUCUUUUGGCUGGAGUUGUGAGUCGUUCUAUAAACUGGCGCAUGAUUCUCGGUCUGGGCUCCGCCCUGGCUGCCAUAUACUGCUACGAGCUGCUCCACUGGACUCCCGCCGCUCAGGAGCGCACGUUCAAGGCCCAGUACUCGGAGUUUCUGCAGCGGCAACUCCGUGCGGGUGUGACGCACAUGAACACCCAAUUCGGGCAGCAGAUCUGGCAGCAUCUGAUGGUGGCUGCGCGACACUUGAACGCUCAGGCCGACCAGGACAUACAGGAGCUGAGAUCACAGAUCAAAGAGAUGUUUGAACGCAUCGAAUCGAACAACGAACUGCAUCUAAAGUUGGGGGAAUUCCGAUCCAAGGCGAAUCUGCUAGAGGAUCGAUUGAAUGCAUUCCAAAGUCUGUAUAUGGGGAGCAGGAUCUAGGACUUGAUUUGGGGGAAGGGCUUAGGAAA